AAAAUCCUGCACGCAUGCGCACUAACUGUAGCUAACAAUGUGGCAUCGCUUGUCGAAUCCGUUCUUACGGCUAAAUCAGAGGCAGGGGUCUUUAACAUCUAAAGGUUUUAAAGCUGUGCGCGCCCACCGACUGCACACCGGCAGUGCUGAACUGACAUACAGUUGCUAUGAUGGGCUGUACCCCGGACACAUCCAGACCACCUCCUUCCAGAAAGCACUGCUGGCCGUUGGAUCGGGUGUGGCGGCUCUGCAGAACCCCUACAGACACGACAUGGUUGCUGUGCUGGGAGAGACUACAGGACAUUUAGCUCUUCUAAAUCUCAGGGACCGGAUGAGAAAUGACCCUGAGGGUUACACGAUCCUGACAGAGAGGCCAAGGAUCCGCCUGUCUACACUUGAUCUGGAAAACAUGGCCUCCCUACCUGAUGGAUCUUUUGGGCGAGAGUAUCUCAGAUUUCUGGAGGAUAAUAAAGUGACGCCUGACUCUAGAGCGGAGGUGAAGUUUGUAGACAACGAGGAGCUAGCCUAUAUCAUGCUGAGAUACAGAGAGGUCCAUGACUUGUUGCACACUUUACUAGGCAUGCCCACCAACAUGCUGGGUGAGGUGGCAGUGAAAUGGUUCGAAGCUGCUCAGACGGGGCUUCCCAUGUGUGCCCUGGGUGCUGUACUGGGGCCACUUCGGCUGAAUUCAAGUCGUUUGGAAUCGCUCUUCACAUCUUUGGGCCCCUGGGCCCUGCAGAACGGCAGGCGGGCCCGCUGUGUCCUCUGCAUUUUUUAUGAGAGGCGAUGGGAGCAGAGCCUGGAGGACCUCAGACAGGAGCUCAACAUCGAGCCUCCUCCAGUCAUACUCAGAGCCUCAAACAAGAGGAACACCUGAAAAAAAGGCGGAAGAAGAACUUUUUCACAAACUGUAGAGCAGACAAACAAGAAAUAUUUGAAGGAUGACAGUGGAAUUUACGUCUAGCAGGAUGUAAUUACCUACAGGGGAAAUGAAGGAAUUUUGAUCGUGGCAAGUCUGGCUCAUUCAUCCUGCUCAUCAUCAGUGUUCAGUUUACUCAUGACAUGUUUAGGUUUCCAUUUCUUCCUUAUUGUGACAACAGGCCUCAUCCUGAAAGGUCUGCAGCAGUCAGUUUAGAGUGUGAUGUGUUUUCAGCACUAGUUAACAAAAUACACUUUAACAACAAACCGUUUUAUUAGAACAUUUUAGUAAUGGCCAUCAUUAUCUGCACCCUCAUUUACUAGAACAUGAAAACAGCCCCCAGCAGACUCUGUGUAAGUGUUUCUGAUUUACCUGUUUUAACCGAGUGGUGGGAAAGGAGCACAAGUGCAGCUGCGUCGGUUUGACAUUUAGGCUCUCUUAUCACAAAAUGCAAUAAUUACAUCAACAUGUAAUGAAAUUGUGCACAGGUGUUUGUCAAUUUUUCGUUCUGACUGACAGAGCUCAUAACAGUCAGUACAGGCAGAUGUACCGUGAUGAUAAAACCACAUUUCCAGGAAACAAAAUCCAGGAAGUAUGUGGCUAAUUUAGCAUGAGAAUUUCUGUAGAAAUGUUACUGGUAUGUGCCUGAUGGGCCUGCCCCCAAUCCAGUUUUGCUUUCUGCUGAAAAUGUAUAGCAUGAGUUUUUUUUCUACCAGCUUCUCUCACGGUGCAACGUUAAGCAUUUGAUUACAGGGAAGUAAGCAAGCAAAGAUAAUAAAAGACAUUAAUAUUUUCAGAAAUUCAUAACUUUAUACUUAUGACAUAGAACACAAAGAGUCCCGAAUAUUGUACUCAAGUAAUAUAACAUUACUAUGGUUAAUUAAAAAGAAGAUGACUGUGCUGUUUAAAAGGACAUUGCAUGCAUUUUUCUUGUUUUCCUUCAUAUGCAGUUCUGAAAGUUGUUUUAUUUUGCACCUAAAUUAAUUCUAGAUGCAAAAUAAAAAUAGCAAUGAAGAAAUAAAAAUGUGGGAUUUCAUUUUUCAACAUAAGUGCUUUGAAUAUUUUAAAUGUUUAGAUUUUUUUUACAUGCCAGGGAACAUAUGUAUUUAACAAGUCAACAUUUGUUUUACAGUGAAAAUAUUUAAAAUGAGGUAAUUAACAUCAAAUCCACACCAGAUUUUGGUAACAACCCAAACAAUCAUCAUAUACAGAGAAAUCAUACUAUAUUUAACACUACAUUUCUGUAAUAAAAUGUUUUUAUUGGUCUAAUGUAAUAUAUUAAAUGUAUAUAUACAGACAGCACACACAGUUUACCAAAUUUAAGUUUAUUUCUUCUAAGCAUAUAGCUCCAACCAUCCCUCAAAUUGUCAUUUCCAGCAAACUUUAUGAACAUGUCAUAUUGGACCAUUUUUGUGUUUAAAUGUUGUACAGAUUGGUUGACAUGGCCAUUUUUUCCCUUUGUAUUGUGUGACCGUGUCCUUCACAUGUCCUCGGUCUCUUAUCAGAGGAACACAGCGUUAAAGGAGACUUCACGCUUUUCUGUAUCAGUUUGUUGUCACAUAAAAUCAGAGCUUAGACGUCAUGGCUGAAAUAAAACAGGAAGCAGA